AUGUUCAAUGCCCGCUACCGGAACAUCAAGGAGAAAAAAGCGGCGAAAACGACGUUCCGAGCCAUGGUAAGUCGGCAAAAACGCGGAGCGGAUCCGAACCCGAGAGUCAUUUUCCGUCGCCUAUUUGCUAACCGGCUGAGCUAUCUUGAAAUUUUCAGGUUUAUAACUGUUUGGAGCGCCCGACGGGUUGGAAAUGCUUCCUGUAUCAUUUCAGGUGAGUAUUUUUGCAAAAAAGGGGAGAGGAGUCGAACCCUCGACCUUUAGAGUGAUAGGGGAAGCCUCUAGCCAUUUGGCCAGAGGGUGAUUUUAAAGAUUUCAGUGUUUUUGUGAUCGUUCUCGUUUGCCUUAUCCUCAGUGUGCUGUCGACCGUGGAGGAACACAGUCAUUUCGCGGCCGAGCUUUUGUAUUUCUUGGUUUGUUUCUUUUUUUGAGUUUUUGGUCGCAUUUGGAAUGGCUUAAUGUGUUGAAAUGGUUUCCGAUGCAUUUGGGCGCAAGCCGUUUCAAGUCGGGACGCUCUUUUGAAGAUUCUACCCAUUGGUUUUAGCUGAUUCAUUUUUCGAUUGGAAAACACACACGGAAGUUAUUAUUUUUUCAUGAAUUGAAUCAUAUUAUGUUUCCCUUGAAACAGAAAUGUCAGUUAAAAUGAAUUCCCGAAAAAAAGACUGAAUUGCUUGAAUUUCGAUUUAAAACAGUAAUUUGAAAAUUUGAAGAUCUUAAAAAGGAUUUUGAGUCUUACAAGUGUCAGAAACUGCUUAAAAAAAUAUUCUUUUCAUAUAUUUUUCAAAGAUUCUACUGUUAUUUUCUGAAUAAAAUUGUAAUUUUGCGAUUUUUUCAUUCCCUUGUUCUUUUUUGGUAUGGAAAGGCUGGCUUCCAAAAAAAAAACCCUUUAAAUUAAUUACCAAUUUUCUGGUCUAAGACGCAACGCGACCGCGUCGCUUUGAACCAUUCCAAGUGCCGCCCUGUUUUCAAGCUUUUUCUCCCGAUUGCGAAUUAUUAUGAGUUUUUUUUUGGUCCACUGAUAUUCCCCUUGAAACUGAAAUGUGAGUUAAAUUUUUUUUCAAGAGUUUGCGAAAUUUUGUCGCACUUGGAAUGGAUCGGCGUAUUUUUUUGAUUCUAAAACUUAUUUUUUUCAGGAAAUCUUCCUUGUAUUUUUCUUCUCAAUCGAAUACGUUGUCCGAUUGUGGUCAGCCGGCUGCCGGUCGAAAUAUAUCGGCUUUUGGGGAAGAGUGAAAUUCGCCCGGAAGCCUAUUUCUUUUAUCGGUUAGCUCAUUUUGAUGUUUCAGAUAUUUCAAAUAAUGUGGCAAUGUUUUUUGAUUGGAUAGCAAAUCGGAAUCGGAGAUUACUUUCAAAGCCCGAAAAAGUGAUAAGGGUAAAAAAAUGGCAAAAAAAACUUCACCCCGGGGAGGAAUUGAACCUGGAAGCCUUUUAACUUCAUAUCGACUCUUUAACCAUUAUGCUAUAGCUUUUUUUUUCAUUUUCUCGUUUUCUAGUUAUCCAAUAAUGCAGUCAUAAUCAAGAAGCUUGAUAAGAAGUCCUCUAAAAAAUGGCAAAAAAAGUUUCUCCCUCGAGAGGAUCCGAACCUGUGACCUUUUAACUUCAGCCAGACUCUCUAACCAUUAUACUAUAUCUUUUUUUUGAAUUUUUCUUGUCUGCUAGUUGUCCAAUAAUGCAGUCAUAAUUAAGGAGCUUAAUAAGAAGUCCUCCAAAAAAUGGCAAAAAAAACUUUCUCCCUCGAGAGGAUCCGAACCUGUGACCUUUUAACUUCAGCCAGACUCUCUAACCAUUAUACUAUAUCUUUUUUUGAAUUUUUCUUGUCUGCUAGUUGUCCAAUAAUGCAGUCAUAAUUAAGGAGCUUAAUAAGAAGUCCUCCAAAAAAUGGCAAAAAAACUUUCUCCCUCGACAGGAUCCGAACCUGUGACCUUUUUAACAAGAAUCGAUACCUCUAACCGCUAACCUAUGACAUUCUAUUUGUUGUUUGUGUAUUUUAAAAAUUGAUUUUUAGAUCUAUGCGUUGUGGUCGCCAGUAUAACGGUGAUUUUGGUCGGAAGUGAGGGCCAAGUUUUCGCGACGAGUGCCAUCAGGUUUGAUGAGUUUACUGUUUCUAUAAGGUUUCAUGAAAUAUACGAAAAUUGUAACGAUCAAUCCUUACUGGGCUUUUUAAUGACAGCAAAAAAAUUUUAUCCUUCUAAUAAAUCAUUAUAUAUUUUUUUUGAUUUUUUUAAAAAUUUUUCAAUAUCUUAGUUAAAUUCUUAUUUUUUUAAAAACUCUGACUGACCAGUUUAAAGGAGCAUGAAAUAGUUUAAUAAGGGUCUCGCCGCGAAGAGCCAUUUUUUUCGGUUUUCGUGGUCAUUGUAAGCUUUUUAAGAAGGGUUCUGCACAGUAUAUAACUUAAAAAAAUAGAGUUUACCUUUUUUUCGCGGAAAAGUCGCUCUACGGAUAAAAAAAUCUAUUUUUUUCCCGAAAAAAAUUUGUUUUUUUCUUGAAAAAUUUUUCGUUUUUUUCACAAUUACUGUUCUUUCAAACUUUUUAUAUCUGGUUAUCAAAAAAAGAAAAAUUUUUACUUGAAGAUUAAAAAAAAUUUUCAGAGGAGUGAGAUUUUUUUGCAAAUUCUCCGCAUGCUCCAUGUUGAUCGGCAAGGCGGAACUUGGUGAGUUUUUUUCAAAUUUAGAAUCAUAGCUUACAUUUUGAUUAUUUAUGAAUUUUUCCGGCGGAAAAAAAGGCUAAAAUUUAAAUUAAAAAAAUUUUUUUUUCUGUAAUUUAAAUAAAGUUCAACAAUUCCAGCUUUAUAUCAAAUUUCUGUUUCAAAAAAAUUUUUGAAUAAAAAUUCUCGAGACACAUUUGAUCUACGGAUUUUUUUCGACUUCGAAUCAUUUCAUUUUUUUAUUCUCAGAAAAAAAUUUUUUUUUGUUAAGUUUAUUAUAUUUAAUGAAUUUGAGAAAAUUCCAGGGUAAAAAAAAAUAGGCAAAAAUCAUUCAAAAUUCCAUUUUUGGCAAAAAGAAUUUUGAUGCUCUUCAGAUCCCUCUAGUGACCACUCAAACCAGGUUUAUGCAAUCGGUGCACCGUUUCCGGGGCAGGCUUUUUAUGUACUUGCGCGUUUCAAACAUAUAAUUACUUGUAAACUUUUUUCUGUUUAAAAAAUACAUUCUGAGGUUUUUAAAGGCGCAGAUGAAAGGUUCAUAAAGGUCGCAAGGCUUUUUUUAGCAUUCCUUCGAAUUUUGCGAGACUUCUAAGCCUUUAAACAAAUCAACAUGAAUUUUUUAAUGGAUUUUAGUAUUUUCCUUUGAAUUUUUCGGAGUUUGAGCUCAAAGCUUCGGAUGAAUUCAUGAGUAGACAGAGAAAAAAUUCGAAAAAUGCAAGUAUUUCUUCAGUUUUUCAGCUUUCCAGUCAUUUUUUCUGUUGGAUUUUUCGAAAUUUACCUUUUUUAAGGCGACUUCUCGGCUCCGUCGUGUUCAUCCACCGUCAAGAACUCAUUACGACGCUUUACAUUGGCUUCUUGGGCCUGAUUUUCUCUUCCUAUUUUGUAUAUUUGGCCGAGAAAGAUCAUGUUUCGCCGGACGGCCGUCAGGCUUUCACGAGUUAUGCGGACGCCUUGUGGUGGGGCGUGGUCGGUUUUCUAUUCUGUUAUUUUCAAAAAAAUGAUUAAGAAAUAGUUUUUUGCUUCAAAUAUUCCAGAAAAAAGCUCAAAACGCUCUUUUUAAAAACAUUCGAAGUCUCAUUUUCCCUGGACCAAAAAUCCUUAAUUUUUGAACCAUUUUACCGUUUCAAAAAUAAUUUUUACGCUUUGCUCUUGUUUGUUCGAAUGUUUAUACAGUUGAAAAGUUCAAUAAUUAUUCUCAAAUUCAAAGUUUUCGAAUCGAUUUUCCAGAUAACAAUGACCACAAUCGGGUACGGGGACGUGGUGCCUCAAACGUGGAUUGGCCGAAUCGUAGCUUCUUGUUUCUCGAUUUUCGCCAUCAGCUUUUUCGCUCUUCCAGCGGUUGGUUUGAAGCAAAAAAAUUUUAACUCCGAAAAAAUGAAAAAAAUCUGUUGAGGCGGUAAAUGCGCUCCACGGAGGAUCACCGCGAAAAUGAAAUUUUUCAAAUUUUGGCUCAUUUUUAAAAUUUUUCACGUUCUUUUGGCCUUUUCCGAAUUGUUUUAUCUUUUCUAAUUGCAUUAAGAAAUUUUGGUGUUUUUAAAUUGUAAUGGCUUCCACGGAGAAUCACCGCGAAAAUGAAAAAUUUUUCAAAGUUUGGAGAAAUCUUAUUUUUUUAUCGUUUUAUAACUUUUUACCUUUUUCUCAUCACAAAAAAAUUAGAUUCAAUAUUAUGGACUCCUGAAGAUGAAAUUUCAAUUUUUUUGGCAUAAUUUUUUUAUUAGGAAAUUGUUUUUUUAUUAACAAAUCAUACGAGGCGAGUAAAAAAAUGAUUUGAAAGUUAGUUAUUCCAGUUUUUCCUUCUUCUAAAUUUUUCUAAAGUUAUAAUUUGAAUGAUUAAGUUUUGGAAGCUUUGAAUUUUGGUUCAAAAAAAUUCUUUUUUUGAAGAGUCAAGUGAAAAAUAAAUCAUAUCAUAUUGGUUUUUUUCAGAUUUAUUUUUUUCAUAAAAUCAUGCUGGAAAUUUUUUUACGUCGUAAAUCACUUCAGGGUAUCCUCGGGUCCGGUUUCGCCCUGAAAGUACAGCAAAAACAGCGCCAAAAGCAUUUCAAUCGACAAAUUCCGGCUGCGGCGACACUUAUCCAGUGUCUUUGGCGAUGUCAUGCGGCUGAAAAACGAAUUUCAGCGACUUGGUUGGCUUUUUUUCGAAUAAGAUGCAAUUUCAGAAUAUUUUAUCACAUUUUUUGAAAAUCAUUCCUAUUUAAAAAAACAUUUUUAGCGGUUUUAAUUCUCUUUUAACAAAAAUCAUGUUUUGAAAUCAAGCCUUAUAUUUACUUGAACGAUUCUGGUUUAUUAUUCUUUUUGGUAUUAAUAUUUUAUGAGAAAAAGGCAAGUUAAUGUAAAUAUCUUAGAAUUAAUUACUCAUGGGCUGAGUUACAGUUUCAAAAAUUUCUCUUUGAACGUUUUUUUUAAAUCUAUUCUGGGUUAUAUUGAAUAAACUAAUUUUUCUAAAUUUAUAAUAUUUAAAAAAAUUCUGAAGAAAUCCUCGGAAAUAAUAGUGAAAAAAAUGAUCAUAAACAGAUUUCUCCUAAUGACAAAGAGGAUCCUUGAAUUUCUAGACUUGAUUUUUUUAAAUUUUCGGGUUUUUCUUCCCAACAGGGCUGUCAACUUUACGGGAACAUGGUUUGUAUGAAAAAAUUUAGUUUUUUUGGAAGUUUGCUUUUUUCGAAAUAACCUGGCUUUACAUGUUUCAUAUGCCUUUUCACGUCUUUUAGAAUUCUCCCAACAGUCAAAAAAAAUUGUUUUGAGACGUUUGAACUUCAAAAAUAUCCGUUUUUUUUUUCGCUAGCAGGGUAGCCAAAAUCAAUUUUUUUGGAUUUUUUUUUUUUUUUUAAUGAAAUUUAUUCCAAAAAAGAAAGAAAAAAAUUUCUCCUUUUUUUGACAAAAAUCAGAUCGAUUCUCUUGUUUUACAUGUCUUUUAAUGUUACUAUUUGAUUUCAAAAAAAUCAAUAAAAUAAUUCAGGAACGUUCAUAUCGAUCCACUGGCCCAUGAAACGAGCGAAACUCACAAAGGCAAGGCUCAAACUCCCACCGGGACCGAAUGUAUCAAUCGGAAGAGGAAUCUGUUCAGAAAACAGUUCGUUUCAUAACAUUCAGAUUUCAAAUGUCAAGUCUUUGCUCAAGCUCCGCCCUCAAUGCGGCCAGAAACCAAUCAGAGCCACCCACAGAGCCUUUCUGAAUGACGUCAUCGUUCUUUUAAUUCAAAAUCUGAAUAACCUGUCAUCAAAUUUACAGGAAUUUUUGAAAAAAAUAUCUUUUGCUGUAAUUAAAUUUUUCAAAUUGACGCUAAACGUGAACGCAUUGCACAGUUGCCACGGCCGUUUCAAGCCGAUAAAAUUUGGUAAAAGACUGAAAACCUGAUGAGCUUCAUUCUCCAAAAAAAAAAAAAAAUUAAAUUUAGGUCGAGCUUCGCCAACACCUUCAAGAGACAUCGGAGCUCGGCGAGUACCGACGUCGAACUCGGGGAAAUUCACCGGGAACGGCUUCAGAGGCAGGAGAGGGGCAGCGACACCGACGAGGACAGGAAACCCGGUAAAUCUGGAAUGAAGUGACGUCGGAAAAGUCCAAAACUUGAAGGGGGGCUUUAUUUCAUUCUAUAUUCAAUGUUUCCCGACCUCCAGAUGACGUCACGGGAUCAUUCCACAAUGCUUCAUAUUCGUAUGAGUAAUAGCAGGAGUUUCUAUAGUCAGUGUUUCCCGACUCGAACGGCGAAGGAGGCGGGGCAGGGGGCGGGACGCGUAGCGUGUGCGUACGCGGUUCUUGGCCCGUGUUCAACUCAACCGCUAUCGACUCUUUGAAAAGCCCUUUUUUUCGCUUUUUUUCAUUUCUUUUUCAAUUAAUUAUUGAUUACAUUCAUGUGUGAAUCAAAAAAAUAGUAGAAAAACAUUGAAAAAGAGCCGAGCUUUUUAAAUAGUUGGCGGCAAUUGAAUUGGACUCGUGCCAAGAACCGCGUACGCACACGCUACGCGUCCCGCCCCUUGACCCGCCUCCUUCGCUUUUCAAGUCGGGAAACACUGCUAUUACUCACACGAAUAUGAAUCAUUGUGGAAUGAUCCCGUGACGUCAUCUGGAGGUUACAGUAACUAUUUUAUUCCAUUAUGACGUCAUCAGAUUUUUUUUGUCAUCAGAAGGUAGAUGAGGUUACAAGAAAAUUAAUUAAUUACUCAAGCUAAAUUUCGAUCAUUUUUUUCAUGACGUCAUAGUUGCUAAAAUUUUAUCUACGUUCCUCUAUCAAACCUAUGACGUCAGUUGAGUGGUAAAAUUUAGGGGUAAAAUUCAAAUGGACCCUAAAGAUCAAGUGGGCCCUGUAGGGGUUAGGGGGAAAAAAACAGCAAAAAUAUAUAUAUAAAUAAAUAUAAAAAAAGUAUAUAGCUCAACUUGCGUUUUUUUAGAUCGAAAAAUCUCUGUUUUCAAGGUUUUUUCCGCACUUUUUUAGUUUCAAAGGUUAGCUAGAUUUUUUUUUCCUGAGGCUCAACAAGGCCCUAGCUUAUAAUUGAACUCAAAUCUGAUCAAAAAAAAAAUUUUUUAAAGCAAUGAACUUGAAAAAAAAAUAUAACAUUUUUGUGAUGCAUUUUUCAGGAUAUUCUGAAGGAAUUGGAAUUUUUUCAAAUAUAUCUAAGGAUCAUUUCAUAGGCUAAACAAAACACAGUGAAACGAAAGUUACAGUAUCCCGGAAGACGUCGGCUUUCCGUUCCGACAACGAAAUCGAGUUCGAAACGGAGGAGACGGCGACCCCGUCGCACAUUUCUCAGUUAGUUCUGAACAUGACUUUUGUGUUUCAGGGGUUUUUCAAAAUAUAAAAGGUCUUCUCGAAGUUCCAAGAAAUUCAAAAAAAAAAAAUUCUAAAUUGAGAAAAAUAAAAGAUUUCCUUCACAGUACUCAAGUGACCACUCAAAUAUUGAAAAAAUGAAAAAUUCAGCGUCUGCGAGCUGACCGAAGCCCACCGGAAUGCUAUAAAAGCCAUCAGGAAGGUCAAAUAUUUCGUCGCCCGACGGAAAUUUCAGGUUUUUUGAUCAUUUCUAGUGAUAAAAUUGAUAAAGGGAUAAUUUCCAGCAAGCCCGGAAGCCUUACGAUGUCCGUGACGUCAUCGAGCAAUAUUCACAGGGUCAUCUGAAUAUGAUGGUCCGGAUCAAGGAGCUCCAGAGGAGGUACUUUGGUUUUCUUGAGUGGUCCCUUUAGGGCUCUAAAAUUUAAGUGACCACUUGAAGAAUAUAUUCAUUUUUCAGGUUAGACCAGACUCUUGGCAAACCGGGUCAGUACGAUGGGAAGCAAUCGAGAAAAGGCUACUCGGUGACGAUUGGUUCCAGGCUUUCUAGGCUCGAACUUCAGGUGAAACUUUUAUUUUUGCAGAGUUCAGAGCGAAAAAAAAGGUUAUAAAGAGUUUUGAAACAAAAAAAACGUUCUCGGCGCCUUUUUGAGUGGGAAAACGGGUAGAAAACCUCAGGAAUAUCAGAAUGGUAACUAUAGGGGUUAAAGGAGAAAAACAUCCCAUUAGGGGUCGAAAAAGUGGUCCCUAUAGAGAAAAAAUUAAGGUGGCUCCUAUAUGGGUUUAUGGUCUUAGGCCCUGAAGCUCAAGUGGACCCUAUAGUGAUCUUCAAUUUCAUUCAAAAAACGCUUUUUUAUGGUUCACAAAAAUUAUAGACUAGCAUGAUCCCUAUAGGGGCUACUAACUGAAACCCUAUAGGGAUCACUUUUUCAAGCUUUAGUGGCCCCUAUAGGCGUAUCCAUUUUUCUCGACUCUUCUCUGCACCCUCUCAUAUUGGCGUGCUGUUUUCAAGUUUCUCUGACCUCGCCGGUGAGGGAACAGAGAGACGCAGACAAAUGGAAAGUGUCAAGUAGUGGUGAAGAUAUUUUUGAUGUAUAACCUCGGAUAUAACUGAUCAUAUCUUCAUAUUGCUCAUUUUAGCGAUUUUUCGGGACUGGAGAAUCAUGAAAAUAUUAUGAACGAUGAAUUUUUUUUCAAUCGGAAACUGGAAUCUGAAAUAAAAGUCUGCAGAUGUCCUCGCUGGACAAGAAGGUCGACGCCAGCGCGCGAACCCUCCACGCCUUGUACCGACUUUUGUCCGAAAGGAACUCGCUGACCAUCUCGCCGUCGCCGCCGGCGAUGCUCAGUCGGCCCAUGACCCCCAGGGAACUCUCCCCGACCCCUUCCUACACUCUCGAGCCUUGA